AUGGCGAACCGACAAAUCACACGGCGCAUUGUCACCAGCGCAGCGAUCGCACUAUGCCUCAUAUUCUUCCUCUUCAUUCGACCACAAGGGCCACCGAGUCCCGCCGUCCGCGCCCCAGGCCACAUCAACCAUUCCGCACCGGCAUCCGCGCCGGGGAUAACCAUUCAAGCUAGCACACUGAAGGGCGAUGUGGUGAUGCCGAAGCUCGGCAACGAAACAGCCAAGGCUGAAUUAGGUCGUGCGACUUGGAAAUACUUCCACACUGUUAUGGCGCGGUUCCCCGAAACACCCACGGAAGACCAGAAGGAGGCGCUACGCUCUUAUAUUUAUCUGUUUGCGCGGCUAUAUCCUUGUGGAGAAUGUGCUGAGCAUUUCAUGCAGCAUUUGAGCAAGUAUCCGCCCCAGGUUUCGUCGCGAAAUGCAGCUUCAGGCUGGGCUUGUUUCAUUCAUAAUGAGGUUAAUGCUAUGCUUGAUAAGCCUGACUUUGACUGUGCCAAUCUGGGAGAUUUCUAUGAUUGUGGCUGCGGUGGGGACGAGGAGGGAGCGGGUACUUCAAAGUCCGGUGCUGUGAAGGAGGGCACGGGGGAGCAUGAUGGCCCUGCUGUGGAGAUAUCGAAGGAAGAGAAGACCCGUGGUUGA